UAAAUCGAAACCAUUUAAUCGUCGUUAUCUUUAUUAUUAUUUAUAUCGAUUUGAUCGUGAAUAAUUAUGACUAAAUCAAGCAACAUUAAAAUGACCAUGUUUUCAUGGCGAUUAUUUGCUACAUCGUAGCCAUUGUUUCAUCAUUUUCUAUUCCAACAGACAUUCAAGAUAAAAAUUCAACAUUUGACAGUUACUUGACAAUAGCUGUGGCCAAAUAUGAGCAAGCACAUCAACGGUUGAAAGAAACCCAAUUGAAUGCUUAUAACAACAUAAUGACAGAAUCUUUGGAUUAUUUUAAAAUAUUAAUUAAACGUGCUAAAUCCUAUAAACAAUAUCUUAAUCAUCCAUUCAUGCAAAAAUUGGUCGAUUAUACAAUCAAAGAUUUGGAUAAAAUGAAUACUUUUAUACAGCUUCUUAUUAAACUAUAUGAUCAAGGCAAUGAUUUAACUAUGCCUAUAUUGAGUGAUUUAAUUGACCAAUUAAUUCAACAAUCCGGUAUCGAUGUUGGCUAUCUUAGUUCAUUGGAAAAUGCUACUGCAACAAAAGAUGCACAACAAAUUUCUCAUCUAUCCAAUAUGAUGCGAAAAGAUUUACAUGCUUUAAAACAAUUGAAUUUAUAUUCUAAUACAAAAGAAGUUCAAGAAUUGGUAAAAAAAUUGAUUCAAGAAAUGUCAACUUUUCAAAAUACCGUGUUGGAAGCUGAAAAACGAUGGAAUAUUAAUUCGGUCACUUUGUCGUUUACGUAAACACUUUGUUCAAAUUCAUCGAUAAUAAUAAUUUAUUUUAUUAUUCAUACAAAAAAAAAUUGAUUGAAAUCCAUUAUAAUAAAAAAAAUGAUCAUAAAAAAACUGAAGUUGUUGUUGCUGUUGUUACCACAUUUCAUCCAAAAUGGAUCAUUUGUUGUGUUGUUUUUAUGAUCAAAACAUUUCAUUAUUAUUAUUAUUAUUACAUAGUGAUUCCAUUCCAUUUCAUUUGAUUAUGAUAAUUCAUUCAUUCAGUUUUGUAUUUUUCAUUUCAUUUUGCAAAAAUCGUCAUACCAGAAUGGAACAUCAGUAUGAUCAAACAAUAAACGAUAUCGAUAUUAUCGAUGAUGAUGAUGAUGA